AUGAGUGGGCAUGUAAGAAAAAGAUCCAAAUCUGCAGGAAGAAGAGAGUCUUCCCAGGUGGUUGGGCCUCUGGUUGCUCAGCAGCCCAGUGAUAAACCACCUCAACUAGAGGAACCACCAUCUGAGAAUCAGGAUACUAUACCUGCUCAGGACAUUGAAGGUGAAGGAGCACCUGUGGCUCAAGGGCCUGCUAUGGAAGCUGAUCGACAGGAACUGGCUCUGUUAAAGACUGUGGAUGAGCCUGGGGAUGGUCCUGAUGUCAAGGAGGAGAUUCUACCAAGUCUAGAGCCCAUUAAAAUGCCAGAAGCAGGUGAAGGACAACCACGGAUUUAA